CAGAGGAUGACUAUCUUCGAAUUGUCACAAAUAUACAGAGCUGUCCUUGGAAACGACAAGUGGAAGAAUAUGAGAAUUUUAGAGCCAAACUUGCUUCCUGUUGUGAUGCUGUUCAAAACUUCAUUGUUUCUCAAAAUAACACGCCAGUUGGGACUAACAUGAGUUAUGAGGUGGAAAGUAAAAAGGAAAUCCUAAUUAGAGAGAGAAUUUUUAAUAUGUUUCCAGUGUCACAACCUUUUACAGAGACCCCUUACAAUCAGUGUGCCGUGGUUGGAAAUGGGGGAAUUCUGAAUGAAUCUCUCUGCGGAACUGAAAUAGAUGAAUCCGACUUCGUUUUUAGGUGUAACCUCCCCCCAACCACAGGAAAUGUUAGUAAAGAUGUUGGCAGUAAAACCAAUCUUGUGACUGUGAAUCCCAGUAUCAUAAAACUAAAAUAUGGGAACCUAAAGGAAAAGAAAGCGGUAUUUCUGGAGGACAUUGCCACCUAUGGAGAUGCAUUCCUUCUUCUGCCAGCAUUUUCCUUCAGGGCCAACACUGGUGCCUCUUUUAAAGUGUACGACACACUGAAAGAGUUUAAAGCAAGACAAAAGGUGAUAUUUUUCCAUCCCAAGUACCUGAAAAAUCUUGCCCUUUUCUGGAGAACUAAGGGUGUGACAGAGUAUCGCCUGUCCUCCGGCUUGAUGAUCACAAGCGUGGCUGUUGAACUGUGUGAGAACGUGAAGUUGUAUGGAUUCUGGCCCUUCUCGAAAACCGUGGAAGACACACCUGUCAGCCAUCACUACUAUGACAACAAUUUACCUAAACGUGGUUUCCAUGAGAUGCCCAAAGAAUAUAGGCAAAUUCUCCAACUUCACGUGAAAGGAAUCCUCAAGUUACAAUUUAGCAAAUGUGAAAUAGCCUAAGCAAAGUGUCUUACAAUAGGAAUAGUUUUAAUUUAAUGCAGUAGGUGAGUAAUAAUGUUUUCAAACAUUAAAAGAGGUGGUUGUAGGGUAUUAUAAGAAGAGUCCCCAAUCUUGGUUUGAUCAAAGCUCCCCACUAAGUGUGCAACGUUAGCAACUCAUUCAAUCAUUCUGAUCUUCAGUUUCCUUCCCUGUAAAAUCGGGACCAUGAUAUCUAACUUCUGUUAGGAAAAUGCGAUGAUCUGUGAAAACUCUUGGCACAGUAUUUGGCGUGAGGUAGGAACUCAAUGACCGUUUUCUUCUUGAAAUUUACAACAGCCAUUUCCACCCUCACCAGACGGUUAACAAAAGGCACACUGUCUUAGAGAUCCUUCCUGGCGAGAACUGGUGAAUUGCCAGUAUUCACUGGGGUUCUUUCUCUUGCAGGACUCUCUAUUAUCAAUAAUAUCCUUCUCCUCUUUCUUCCUGUCUUAAAGAGUGCAUAUAAGAAAAUUACAUACUUAAACAAGAAACCCUUGAUCAUUCAGGAAUGAAAUCCUUCUCUUCAUAUGGUAAUGUGCUUGGUUCUGAUUACCUUCACUUGUGUCAUUAGCUGCCACGACACCACACAUUGUUUAGGUUUCCAAUUCUUCUCCUCCUUUGUCUACAUGUUUAAAUAUCUCUUUAUAAUUUAUGUUAAUUUCCUGCCUCACUCUUAAGCCUUUUCUCUCUCACUGACAAGAUAUACUUCAAGGACAUGAAUAGUUACAAUACCCAGUUUUUCAUAUCUGUUGCCUUGUCUGUGGGAUCUCUCAUUCAAUUUAUUUUUUUUUAAUUAUUGAAAAGCUACUUCAAGCCAGACCCUGUAACAGGCUCUGUGAAAGGGACAGAAAGAUGACUAAGUCCUGCAGAAGGAAAUGGACAUGCGUAUCAACUAUGAUAUGGUAUGAUAAAUGUUAUUACAAAAGUUAUGAAUAAAGUACUCUGAGGAAUGGAGGCAGGAAUAGUCAAAUCUAUUUCAGGUGGAUCUAUUUCAGAGAAGAGGUGAUUUCUGAAUUAAACCUAGAUGAUGAGUAAUUUUUUACCAAAUGAAGAAGAUUCUAGGUAGAGGGCAUAUGGUACAGGAGAGAGCUGUCCCCUUAAUUCUGAUUUAUCAAAAUGAGGAUAUUUGAAGAUGGAUCAUGAACUUUGCCCCAAAAACUACCUUACAAGGGUAGGGUACAGCGUGUGGUUGUGGUAGCUUGAGUCUACAUCUGUGAAAUGGGAAUAACAGCAACCUGAGUGAUUUCAUAGGAAAACUGUAAGGGUUAAAGCACAAAAAAACCUUAAUUCUUGUAAGAAAAGGUGAAUGUUUACAUGAGAAAUUAGACUAAUAAAUUUAACGUCAAUCUAAAUUGAAGCUUGAAUAGAUAUUGGAUACUAGUGUUUUCACGCCACUCCCUUACGUGGUGAUGGUACCUGUUAAUAUAGGUCAUCCCUGCAUCUACUGAAUAAAUUAUUUGACUUAAAUAAGUAAUUAUAUACAUAUUUUACGGCUCUUUGUACCAUCACAAGUAGAGCAGAAAUAGGAGUGGAGCAGACUGGGCAGCAUACUGAAUUAAUUACAAAUAUAAUUCUGAAUUUUUACUCUAGCCAGACUAUUGUUUUCCUAAAUGUUCACUUGUAAGAACACCACUAUAAAUUGCUUUCUUUGAUAAAGUACAUCUUAAAUUUGAUUGUAGUUUACAUGUAUGAUGCCAUUCUUAGUUCACACUUUCAUUUAUUCUCCUAUAGCAAAUGAAACCUAUUAGCUCCAUAAAUUGCAUAAAAGUUCAUAUAUAAAUAUUUUCCAAAAGAAACAUGCUUUUAGUUACAUAAAGUCUAAUUCAUUCAUCUUCCUUUGUGUGGUAAUGAAUAAGUAGCUGUUUUCUACUGCUUCUAAUGGAUUUAAUUAGUUUUUAAAAAUCUGCUAGCUGUAUUGGUAAUGUCUCUAUUAUGUGACUAGCAAUGGGAUUAUUAAAAUAGAUCAGAACAUUCUAAUAUUUUAUAGUUAGAAAAAUGUUUCCCUCAAAAUGUUUCCUAGUGAGUAGAAACUUAAACUUUUCUUUUCAAUGGUAUUGGAAAUACAUGAUUGAUGAGUAAAAGUAAUAGAAUAUACUGAAAUAAAUCAUUAAAUAUAUAAUA